CUUUCAAAAAGAGAGAAAAAGGGCGAAACAGAAUCCGCACAGCAGCCAACAAUGGAAUCUGUCGACCUCAACGAAACCCACGAAACCAACACCCACACCGUCGACCAUGGCUGGCAGAAGGUCACCUACGCCAAGCGGCAGCGCAAGGCCAAGCCGAACGCGGAUGAUGGAGACGCAGCUCGCCCUAACGGAACCCUAGCUAACGGCGGUAGAAAUGUUUUCUCUUCAAUUGAGAAGCAAUCGGAGGAUCGCCGCCAGCGGAUCCUUGAAGCACAGAGGCUCGCCGCUGUGAAUGUGGAGGUUAGUGUGAAACCUAAGCGCAGAUCGGAUGGCGAUGAUGAGGAGGAUGAGGAUAGCGAUCUCGAAGAUUCGAAGGAGAAUGGAAAGGCAGAAGAAGUUAAGAAGCCGAAGCAGAAGAAGCCGAAAAAGCCUAAGGUCAGUGUCGCGGAGGCCGCCGCCAAGGUUGAUUCUGCUGAUCUCGCCGCAUUUCUGGCAGAUAUAUCUGGAUCAUUUGAGGAUCAGCAGGAUAUACAGAUGAUGAGGUUUGCGGAUUAUUUUGGAAGAGCCUUUUCUGGGGUAAGCGCGUCCCAGUUUCCCUGGGUGAAGAUGUUCAGGGAGAGUACAGUAGCCAAGCUUGCUGAUAUUCCUCUUUCCCAAAUUUCUGAUGCUGUUUAUAAGACGUCAGUUGAUUGGAUUAAUCAACGUGCUCUUGAGGUGCUUGGCUCCUUUAUUUUAUGGUCAUUAGGUUGCAUCCUUGAUGACUUAGCAGCCCAGAAUGCUGGUGCCAAGGGAGCCAAGAAGGCUGUGCAACAAGCAUCAUCAAAGUCUCAGGUUGGAAUAUUUGUGGCUUUAGCUAUGGUAUUGCGACGUAAACCUGAUGCCUUAAUCAGUGUAUUGCCAACAUUAAGAGAAAAUUCAAAGUAUCAAGGACAGGAUAAGAUUCCUGUUAUUGUGUGGAUGAUGACUCAGGCUUCUCAAGGAGAUUUGGCUGUAGGGCUGUACUCCUGGUCUCAUAACCUCUUGCCAGUAGUCAGCAGCAAAAACUGUAAUCCUCAAUCAAGAGAUCUAAUUUUACAGUUAGUGGAAAGGAUCCUAGCUGUGCCAAAAGCUCCAACAAUUUUGAUAAAUGGUGCUGUUAGAAAGGGAGAGCGAUUGAUUCCACCUUCUGCAUUUGAGGUGCUACUCCGAGUUACCUUCCCUGCACCUUCAGCUAGAGUAAAGGCUACUGAAAGGUUUGAGGCCAUAUAUCCAGUGCUAAAGGGGGUUGCUCUUGCCGGUUCUCAUGGAAGCAAGGCAAUGAGACAAGUGUCACAGCAGAUACUAAAUUUUGCUAUCAAAGCCUCAGGGGAAAGCUCUCCUGAGUUAUCCAAGGAAGCUGCUGGAAUUGUCAUUUGGUGUUUGUCAGAGAAUGGUGAUUGCUAUAGGCAGUGGGAAGAUGUUUAUCUGGACAAUCUAGAAGCUAGUGUUGCUGUUUUGAAAAGGCUUUCUGAGGACUGGAAGGAGUACUCUGUGAAAUUGGUUCCUGUAGACCACCUGAGGGAAACCAUCAAGGAUUUUAAGCUGAAGAAUGAGAAAGCAAUGGCUGGUGGAGCAGAUGCUGCUAAGGAAGCACUGUUCCGAAAUGCAGACAAGUAUUGUAAGGUGAUCUUUGGAAGGCUAUCACAUCGACAUGGAUGUGUUAAAUUCGUGGCCAUUGUUGCUGUGGCAGUAGCCGUUGGUGCUGCCGUGAUGUCCCCAAGCAUUGAGGGCUGGGACUGGAACAAACUCACUCUAGCCUUCAGCUCUCCAAAAUCUCUCUGAGCAUCCCGCUUGUGUCAGUUUGGUAACAAAAUGGUGCGAGUUAAAACACCACCUGAGUUUGUAGUUUCUUCUCCUUUUUGAUUUCUUGAUCUUGAGCUUCUAACGGGAAAGUGAAAGGGAAAUCUUUUUUUCUUCUUUUUUUUUUUUCUUCUUCUUUUUUAAGUUAUCUUAGAAAAUGAUCUGGUGACUUGCAUUAUGAAAAUACAGGUUUAAUUUGUUUGAGGUAGCAUAGCCAAAAUAAGGAAUGAGGAAAUCAAGUGAGGGAUAGACUGUAUUAAGAGAUAACUUAAGUUUUGUAGAUUAUUAUCAAAUGUGUUACCUUUUAUUUUGAUU